GUAUUGUGCUCAGUUGUGUGAGUCUUCUAUUCAAUUACAUCAAUUUAAUUACCCUAGUACCCAUUUAUAUUAUCCUGCAGUCUAUAUAUAGCAUAGGGAAUAUAUGGUUUAAUUAUGUAUAUGAAAUUGAAAUACUUGAAUUAUUAUUCUUGUGUUUUUUCUUAGUACCUUUUUGUGGAAAUCAUUUAAAAAAGAGAUUUUCACCAACUUGUUUAAUAAAAUAUAUUUGUAGAUGUUUUGUAUUUAAAGUUCUUAUAGGUACGAGCUUAAUACGAUUUAGAAAUAGUGAUUUAUGGGGGAAAUUAUUAGGAAAAUAUUAUUUAUAUGAAACACAACCAUUACCAACAAUUAUUUCUUAUUUAUUUCAUUCAUGUAUAACAUUAAGCAAAUUGGAUAAUAUAUUUUGUAUAUUAACAGAAUGUGUAUUUUCUUUUCUCCUACUUUUUCCUAUUAGAUCAUUUAGAUUAGUUGGAGGUUCUCUUAUUUUUAUUUAUUGUAUUUUAAAUUUUAUUACUGGGAAUUCGUACUUAUUUUACUUUUUACUUAUUGCUCCAUUAAUGUUUUGUUUUGAUGAUAAGAUAUUAUUAAAAUUGUUUUUUUUUAAAUGUAGAAGGUAUGAAAUCAUAAAUAUAGUAAAAGAGAAAUUGGCUAGUAAAAAUAAAAGUAAACGAUAUUUUAAAAGUUUUGAUAUUUUUUAUUUUACUGGUUUUAAUUCUGAUGAUUUAGUUAAGAUAUAUGAUGCUUAUUUUAAUAUAAAAUAUCAAAAAGCAUAUGUAGGAAAAUCCUCUGCCCCCAAAAAAAAUAAUAAAUUUAAUAAAUAUAAUGAACAAUCUUCAUAUGAUGAUAAUUAUGAACAAGGAGAUGAUGAACAUUAUUAUUAUGAUGAUGAAGAGUAUGAUAAAUAUGAUGAAUAUGAUGAAUAUGAUGAAGAUAAUUAUGAUAAUGGUCAUAAUAACUCAUUAAAUUAUCAAAUUACAAAAGAACAAAUACAUAAGAAUCAAUCACCCUCAAAAACGAAACAACAACAUCAACAAUAUAGAGCUUUAAUACCUAAAUCUUCUUCUAAAGAAAUAAAUUUAUUUUAUAAAAAACAAAAUAUAUUGAAAAGCAUAAAAAAUGAUUUAUAUAAUACAUUUUAUUGGUUAUUUUCACAAAAUGGAUUACACUAUAUUAUAAAGAAUUAUAAUGUAUCUAUAGAAAUAUUUAUACAUAUUAUUUGUUCUUUAUUAAUUAUAAUAUUUAAUUGUAUUAUAACAACAUCUAUAUAUCCUAUUACUUCUAUUUUAUUUUAUAUAUAUAUUGUACUUUUCCUUUCUUAUAUUAUAUUUUUAUUUGGAUAUACAAAAAAUAUAUUUUCACGUAUUAUAAGCCAAUUGUCUUUAUUAUCAGUAAUUUUAUUAAUUUAUUCUAAUCAGAUAUUUCUACAUGGAUUUGUUAAUAUAUAUUAUAAUAGUUUAUUCUUUAUACAUUUCCUAACAUUGUGUAUUCUUUCUAUGUUUUAUUUAAAUAAUAAAAGAUUCAUCUUUAAAUUUACUACACAAUAUUUCUAUUUUAUUCUCUUUAUCUAUUUUGCCUAUUUUUUUCUACAAAAUAUUUUAUCACCUAAUCAAAUUAUGAAUGCUCAAUAUGGCUCAUUCGAAAUUAUGAAUAUAUAUGGAUCAUUUGGAAAAAUAAAAAAAAUCAGAAAAGAAAUUAUUAUUGAAGGAACAGACUCAGAAAAAAUUAAUGAUAAUACAAAAUGGAAUACAUAUGAAUUUUAUUGUAAACCUGAUAAUAUUUAUAAAAAAAUGUGUACACAAUUCAGACUUCUAUAUAAUUUUAUUCCAGUCCUUUAUAUUGAUAGAUUGGAUUGGCAAUUUAAUACACUCAGUGAUAAAGAAGAUGAAACCAUUUUAGAAAAUGAAUGGUUCAAAAAUUUUCUUAUCAAAUUAUCAAAUAAUGAUAAAAAUAUUCUUUCCUUAUUAUAUAAAAAUCCUUUUGAUAACAAGAAAAAUAGGAAUAAUCAAAAUAAAAUAUUCUUAAGAAUCUCUAAUGCUACUUAUAAAUUCACACAAAAUGGAAAAAAAAAUUGGUGGGAUGUUGUUUCAUCAAAAGUUAUUAUAAAUCCAACACAAAUUCCAAAAUUACCUGAACAGGUCAGGCAAAAUGUAUAUAACAUGCAUGAACAGUUAGAAAAUGCAAAAACAAUAAAAAAAAUGAAUAAGGAGGAAGAUAAAGAUAUAUAUGAUGAAAAUAUGGUGAACUAUAAAAAAUAUAACAUGAGAAAAUAUAAAGCUAUAGAUCAAAAUAUGAAUGAUAUAGAAUCAUCAAAAGGAGCAAAAAAGAAAGAUAUCGUAUCAACAAAUGAAGCAACAAAGAAUGAUAUCGUAUCAACAAAUGAAGCAACAAAGAAUGAUAUCGUAUCAACAAAAGAAAGACAAAAUGAUGUUAUUUUAAAUGAUAAAUUUAUUGGAAUUGACCUGAAAUAUAAUAAUAUAGCUAAUAAUUUUGAGCCAACUGAUAAAGAAGAGGCAUACCAUAAUUUAAGAAAGAUAAAAAAAGAAAAAGAUAAUAAAGCAAAGGAAAGACAUGAAAAAAAUUUUAAUGAACAAUAUGAAAGAGUAAAGAAAAUAUUAGAAGAUCAUAAAAAGAAACUAGAAGAUGAAAAUGAAAUAAUUAAGAAAGAAAAAAGAAAAUUAGAAAACCAAAAAGAUUUAUUAAAUAAAGAAAAACAAGAAUUACAAGAAGAAAAAAAAAAAUUAAUCUAUCAAAAAAAAAUACAAGAACAUAAUAUGUUGGAACAAGAUAAGAAAAUACAAGAAGAGAAAUUUAUGGAAAAGAAACAAAAACUAACGGAAAAAUUUUUAGAACAAAAACAAAAAGAAGAUCAACAAAUUUUAGAAAGAAAUAUAAAAGAAGAACAAAAUAUUAUGAACAAACUUAAAAAAUUACAAGAAGAAAAAAAUCAAUUUGAAAAAAAAAAAUUAUUUCUUGAACAAAAAAAAAUACAAGAACAAAAACUAAUUGAUCAAGAAAAAAAAUAUUUACAACAACAACAAAAUAAAUUAUUACAAAUUAAAAAACAAAUGCAACAUGAAAAACAAGAAGAACAAAAUAAAGUAGAUCAACAAUUAAAUGAAAAGCUAAAAAAGGAAUUACUGUUACAAAAUGAAGAUAUUAUAAAUAAAAAAUAUAUAUCUAAUCCUAUUCAUAAUAAUAAUAAUUUUAAUAAUACUCACCAUAUGAAUAAUGUCAAAAUAAUUAAUCAUGAUAUGAAUACUUAUAAAACAAAAGAACUCAACGAACAAAUAAAUAACGAAUUUGAAAGUGAAUUGAAAAAUAAUGUUGAGCCAUUUCCAAAUGAAAUUAUAUAUGACAACGGAAAUAAUGAACAAGUAAAAUAUACAAAUAGAUAUUUGAAUAACCACUUGAAUGAUCAUUUAAAUCAUAAUUUUAAAAACAAUAAUCAUAAUAAAUUAAAUGGAUCAUAUAAUAAAUCUACUCAACACAAUUAUUAUAAUCAAGACGUAUCAUAUUUUAAACAAAACCAUAAUAUAUAUAACAAAUUCGAGAACAAAGAAAAUAAAAUAAAUAAUGAACAAGCUAAUAAUACAUUACAAAAAUUUACUGUAGAUGAAAAUAUCAAAUAUAAAUUAGAUAAUGCUAUUAAAAAUUCUUAUUCUAAAUAUAAUUUAUUAAAUAAUUAUACAAAUAAAAUAAAUAAAUUAGGUUUGUUAGAUGUAUAUAACAAACCAAACAACUUUUCUAGUAUUAGUGAAUUGAAUUAUAAACCAAAUGAAAAAUAUCAUAAUGAAAGCUAUAUAACAGAUGCAGUUAAAGAAAAUAAUGAAUAA